AUGCCGUCCCGCCGCGACACAAUGGGCUACCUCCCAAUUGAAGACUAUGGUCUAAUCGGCAACUUACGGACAUGCGCUCUCGUAGGAAUAGACGGAAGUAUCGAUUUCAUGUGCUGGCCCGACUUCGACUCCCCCUCCAUCUUCUGCAGACUCCUGGACAAAGACAAAGGCGGAUACUUCAGCAUCUCGCCCCCGGACGGUCUUACGUGUACCACCAAGCAGCAGUAUUUGCCGUCGUCUAAUAUCCUGCAGACGCGUUACAUACACGAUGAUGGCGUUGUAGAUAUCGUUGAUUUCUUCCCCAGGCCUAGUGAGGGCAGUGUUGUUGCCAAGGGGUCUAAGCAGACCCCGUUUCGGGAGACGGUACCUGUGCAGGAUGAGUUGAAGAAGUGGUUGGUUAGGAGGGUGGAAUGUAUUAGGGGAGAGGUUGAUUUAGACGUCGAGAUAUUCCCCGCUUUCGACUACGCCCGCGGCACUCACACCACCGAACUAGUCCUCCCCGUCCAUAACCCCGGAUGUCCAGACUCCAAAACCGUGACCUUUACCCAUGCCGACCUCUCUCUUCAACUUGAUGUAACAAUUGAUCACGGUGAAGAAGAUGCCGAUUCCUGUCCUUCUGUCAUCUUUAGAAAAGAGCAAAAGGAAGGUAUGUUGGGAGAAGGAGUUGUAGCUCACCUCCAUCUCCAAGAAGGACAAGCCAUUUCCUUUGUUCUGCGGGAGAACAUCCCGAACCAUGUCACGCGCGAUGUCACGACACAAGUUCUUGAUCUCCAACAGAGCGCAACACAGAAAUACUGGUUUAAUUGGAUCUUAAAAUGCAAAUAUAAAGGCCGUUGGAGGGAGAUUAUUACCCGCAGCUUAUUGAUUCUCAAGCUUUUGACGUAUGAACCGACUGGUGCUAUCAUUGCUGCGCCUACAUUUUCGAUUCCGGAAGCUAUUGGAGGGGGCCGCAACUGGGACUACCGGUUCUGCUGGGUCCGGGACUCGAGUUUUACCAUCUACAUCCUCCUCCGUAUGGGCUUUACUGCAGAAGCAGAUAGGUAUAUGGACUUUAUCAGUGAUAGAUUCCGCAAAUCACGGACAAAAGAGGGUGCUUUACCUAUCAUGUUCACCAUCAAAGGCGAGACUGAUAUUCCUGAACUCGAACUAGACCACCUCUCCGGAUACCGUUCUAGCAACCCUGUCCGUAUCGGCAAUGGCGCUGCAACACAUCAACAAUUUGACAUCUACGGCGAGCUUAUGGACGCUAUUUAUCUAUACAACAAGUACGGGAAACCUGUCACAUGGGAACAGUGGGUUGCCGUGCGGGAAAUCCUUGACUUUGUACUUACAAUUUAUCCCGAUAUGUCAAUCUGGGAAGUCCGUAACAAGAAGCAAAACUUUGUCUACUCGAAGAUCAUGCUCUGGGUCGCGUUCGACCGUGGUUUACGACUAGCUGAUAAACGCUGUCUGCCAUGUCCGAAUCGUGCCAAGUGGUUGCAAACUCGGGAUGAGCUAUACGAAGAGAUUAUGACUCUUGGCUACAGCAAAAAUAUCCAAUGCUUCAUCCAAAGCUACGAAAGCGGAGACUACCUCGACUCUUCCAUCCUAAUCGCCCCCCUGGUAUUCUUCAUCUCCCCCAACGACCCCCGCUUCAUCCGCACAAUGGACCGCAUCCUUCUCCCCCCGGAAAAAGGCGGUCUCACAUCCACCGGCCUCGUCUACCGCUACAAUACCCAGAACUCCGACGACGGCGUCGGCGGCCACGAAGGCGCCUUCUCCAUGUGCACCUUCUGGCUCGUCGAAGCCCUCACCCGCGCCGGCGCCUACGACAGCAAGUACCUGGUGCGCGCGGCGAAUCUUUUUGAGAAUAUACUUUCGUACAGCAAUCAUCUAGGUAUGUUCAGUGAGGAGAUCGCGAGGAGUGGCGAACAGUUGGGGAAUACGCCGCAGGCAUUUAGUCAUUUGGCGUUGAUUAGCGCGGCGUUUAAUUUGGAUCGUGGGAUUGAGUUUAGGCGGUGA